AGAUAUUAGGAUUGUCUAAAAUUAUGUUUUUUUUUCUAUCUAAAGUACAAUCUAACAAGUAUAAAAUAAUGGAAGUUCACCUUGGUUUAAAGUGAUGACCUCCUUACUCAAAAGUUUCAGCUGUUGUUACUUACAUUACAACCAAUAAAAAGUGGUGCCUACAGAAGAACCACGAGGCAGAGAUUAAUGGGGAUAACUCCUAUUUAGAAUAGGAUAUUCUAUAUAUUUCCUGAUAAUCAUGAGCCUAUGUUAUCUCAUACUUGUCCUUAUCUACUUAGGACUUACUUGAUGUAUAAAUACCGAGCUAGAGCUCUGAGAUCAAGGACACUUAUAUUCAGACUUUACAUAACAUUACAUGGUAUCAGAGCAUAAGAUCUGGACCUUCUAUAACCCUUAAAUUUCUUUUCUACACAAAGUGUUUCUCAAGAAACAUGUCUGAUAAUCAAGGCGCCAUUACAGAGUCCACCACAUCCUCUCCGUACUAUCUUCAUCCCUCGGAUAGUCCCGGUGCUCUUAUCACGUCUGUCCUUCUUAAAGGCUAUAACUAUACGGAAUGGGCAACGGAAUUGUCAAAUUCAAUCCAAGCAAAGGAAGCUUACAGAGAUCAAAUUAAGGAUUAUAUAAGAAGAUGAAGAAACCAUGAAAUUAGUUUAAAUACCUUAAUGCUAAAAUGACCACGAUACUCCUAGUAAGUCUUCCGAACUUCCAACAUAUGCGGAUCUAAUGCAAUGUAAACGAGUGUGAUCAAUAAUUCAAGUGCACUAGGAGUGACUCCAGCUGAGAACACUUUUUGAGAUCUUAAAUGAACGUAUACCAUUAGUCCAGCAUAUGCAGCCCACUUGUUACACAAAUCAGCAACUGUAAGCAUACUUCAUAACCAAAAAAAAAAAAAAGAGUAAAGCAAUUUGAUCAUAAUUUAAACAAACCAGUCCAUCUCCAAGCAACUCAAUGUUCAUACUACUCAAGUCUCCGUAAAAACAGAUGGAAGGCAAGGUUUAUCUAAUACAAGACGUUUGAACGUUGUCCAUGUAUCAUUGAUGUCAUCAGUUGUGCGCCAACUGUUUCCAACUUCUUUUGCCCAUAAGGCAGGAUCAUCAACGCCCCUGCAGACACGAGAACAUGGUAAAUAAGAGGUAUUAACUUUACUCGUCCUGUGUGAAGACAUUUUGAGGUAUGUACCACUCACAAAGUGAGUAGAAGACUGAGCGACCAGUAGCGUACAGAGCAUCACACAUUGGAGGGUAUCUGGAAAACAUGAACUGGAACAAGUUUUUUUCUUUGAAAACUUAUACCAAAUAGAGUUCUGAUAUAUGGUACCAAAUCAAAUUAUAAAGAUCAAUUUUUUCCAUGGGAUAAGGGAUUUAUACCUAGGUUGAAACAAUUAUCAUAUUUCAGAUAUUAAAACAGUUAUGAUCUAUAUUCACUUUAAAAAUACUUACGACAAAGGAGAAAAAUGGGAACGUUAAACGUUAUUAAAUAUUAACUUUGACAAACAAAUUCGACAAAAGAAAACAAACAUCAAAUAUUACUUUUUUUUUUUUUUUUGAUAACAAACAUUUACAGAGUCUACAUUUACAGACUCAUGUAGACUCUGUAAACCAAGGUGGUAAAACUACAUCCAUGUGCACGACGAAAGACAGUUGUUGCCGAGCACUCCGUGCCAAGCUAUCCGCCUUUUUGUUCUCCGUCCUAGGAACAUGAACAAUUUCUGAGUUGACAAAACUUUGUCGCAAAGUCUUGAUAUCUUCCAGGUAGUUUUCAAAUGCUGGCCAUUCCUCUGGUUCCGAAACCAUCUUCACCAGUUGAGAACAAUCCGUUGCAAACGUAACCUGAAACUGCCUUAAAUUUCACAGACAUUCCAUCGCCCAAAUCAAUGCCUCCAUCUCCGAAUAAGAGGUGAGAGGGAUGCCCUUACAUUUCGUGUUCCCAAUAAGCCAUCAAACUCUGGCAGCGUGCUAUGCCAUCCUUGUCCUGAAAAAAGAUUUUUAUCUUUCCAAGAACCAUCCGUGAAACACCAUCGUCCUAUGAUCCCUAUAUUAGGCCGUACCUGUACUUCCUGUACCAAUCUACGAUCUUUAAUAACUUGUGCCUCAACCCACAAUAUUGAUUCCACUUCUGCCAAUCUCAGCAUGUCUCUUGGGUCCAUAUCUAAAUUACUGAAUGACCGUUUACAUUUUACAUUUGGCUAUAGUAAAAACAAAUUGAAAUACGCAUGAAAAAGGAAAAAAGAGAAAGUAACCGGUUGAAUUUUUACAGCUGUAUCUAGUAAAAAGGAAAAAAAGUGAAAAAUACGGAAAAGAAAAAUGGAAAUUUCACAAACCUAUAUAACACUAUAGGCGUGCGCAUAAAACUUUCUCUAAUCAUCUUCUUCUUCUCCUAUUUCUUUUGUGUUAUUUUGUCUAAACCCUAGAAGCGAUCUUUGUGUUCUGAGAUGAAAACUCUUGCGCCAUUUUCAAGUCACCGUCUCCGUCAACGAAUCUCCACCGUCUAUCCGGCGAUGACGUUCCUAUCACCACCUUCCUUAACCUCCUCUUCCUCUUCGAUGAUAAAGUCUCGGUCAGAAGAAAACUUGAGCAAGCUCAACGAAUGCAUGGAGAACAUGGACGAGGAUGUCUCGGAGAUGUUCAUGGAAUGUCAUCAAACGGAUUUCCGCCAAGAACCCGAGCUGCUUCGUCUCCUCAGCGACUACUUCACCACAAGCAAAUCCGUCAGCGAGCUCUGCGAGUCUCUGAGAAAGUGUCUGGAGAGAGCAGAACACGAGGAGUGCUUCAUGUUAGACGAGGCGUUGCGUGACUUCGAGGAGGAGAAAAGCGGUUGCAGCGGUUUGUUAGAAGCAAGUUUCAGAAAAACCUUCCGAGACCUGAGUAAGUUGAACGACUUGUGUACUAGUUGUAACUCCGACGACGGAGAUUGUGAUGGUGAUUUUCUCAGGAAGCUUCAGAUCUGUCAUCGAGAUUUAGCCGAGAUGAUCGUGAAGCUAGAGUCGACCAUGAAGGAGAUCGAGAGGAAGCUGAGACGCGUGCGUGGCAAAAGAGCGGUGGUCACGGCGGCGAUAAUCGCUCCGGUGAUUGCCCUAGUGACGGUGAGCAAAAUCGUCGCCGGAAUAUUCGGAUCCGUUCCGGUUGGGGAGGUGGCUACGUUCGCUGCUUCCAAGUGGAAGAAGUCGACGGCGACUCUGAAACGGGAAAAGACGGCGGUGACGUCGAUGGAGGGGGCGACGAUGGUGGCUCUCAAGGAAGUGGAGAGGAUCAGUAGACUGGUGAGUAGGUUGGAGGCGGUGGAGAGGUCUAUUAGAGCAACGGCGGAGUUCGCCGUUAAGAAACGGUCGCCGGUGGCUGUAGCUAUGGGAGAGAUGGAGAGGGAAAGGAAGAGGUUGAAGUCAACGCUCGUUGACUUAGAUAGAGAGACGGGAAGGUGCGAUGGGUUCGUGGUGUUUGGACGUACAUUGGCUAAGGGCAAGAUCUUUGAGUUUCUCUCUUGUGGCGAGAAAAGCUCCAACUCCAAUCCAACUAGUUUGUUUUUGUUUUCUUAGUACAUUGAUUUGUAUUCAAUCGGUAACAACUUUGUUCAAUUGUAAAUAUAUUUUUUUUUCGCAGAAACAUAAAUCUCAAUUUCAGAUUGAUGCUCAAGCUGUUCUAAACUCCUUCGGAUUUAUUCACCAACAAAGACACAUACUGAAUCAAACGAUCUACACAUUUUUUGGACUCUGUUUUUGCUCGCAGACAAUUGUGUCUCAGGCUGUAUUAAUUCAAGAAGAGGCAGGCAGCACAAGGGCAUUACCAAAUGAUCAAUUGUAAACUUACUUCUUUCUUCUUCACUGGCUUCUCUCUAGCUCAGUAGAAGAAACUUGGUUCUUUAGAAAGCAUACGGCUGAUUCUUCAGUCAGAGCCUUUGCUUCUAGGCUUGGUUCACUUGAAUUUGAGAAUGUGAAGAGGGCAUCAACAUUCAGACAUUGUAACCUUAAAAGUUCGAAUAAAAGAGUCAACAUUUGCUCCCAAAAGUUCUGUUAUUGAGCAUGUCAAGGAUGAAAUUUGCAGACUUGGCGGGCUAACGACCUUGACCACUAGAAUGUCAUUUCUUAGCUUGAAUUGUUUCUCUCGUGUUCUAUUAGAAUGUAAAACCACAUAACGCACAAUGUGGCUCUGAACUUGAAACAUUAUUAACAGAAACCGGCAACAAAUAUUGAACAUCAGAAGAUUAUUUUAGCCAGAAAUACAUACAACCUAAUGACAUCAAUGAAGACCAAGAAAUAAAAAAUGUUACUCUAAGAGCCUCGAAUGAGUCAAAAGUAUACAACUUUCCCUUGGUUCCUCUAUCAAAAACACUUGCAAAGUGUCACAAUU